UUUUAUCUUAAACAUUCAUCAGCCAACGAGCCGGCCUUUUAUUUAUGUAAGUUUCUGUCACAAGACGUGUUGGACUUUUCCGUUUACUUCUAUAUCCGACAAUAUCCAACAACCAAAAAUGGCCACCGGAAAAUUCUUCCGACAAGUACCACUGCCUGAGCAAAAAUCCCAUAACGACGACGUUCUCUUCCCGGCGGUGUUAUCCCCCACUUGUACCACUGCAAUACAACUCUCUACAUUUAAAGAGGCGAUCGGAGCUCAUAAGCCAUGGCUGGAAUCUAUUCUCGUCAACACUGGCGCUAUUCUCUUCCGAGGCUUCCCGGUUACAUCUCCGUCCGACUUCAACGACGUCGUUGAAGCUUUCGGCUUCCCGGAAUUCUCCUACGUCGGCGGCCGAGUCCCUCGGACUCAAGUUGUUGGUAGGGUUUAUACUGCAAAUGAAAGCCCUCUUCAUUUGGAAGUUCCUUUCCAUCAUGAAAUGGCUUACAAUCCAGAUUUCCCCACCAAGUUAUUUUUCUUUUGUGACGAAGAGCCGGAAGAAGGGGGAGAAACCCCCAUAGUUUUGAGUCAUAUCGUAUAUGAAAAGAUGAAAGAGAGGCACCCGGAUUUCGUUGCACAGCUCGAGGAGCAUGGAUUGAUGUAUAUAACGAUACACGGCGAUAAGGAGGAUCCAUCGUCCAUUACUGGUAGUAGUUGGAAGACGGCAUUCCAAACCGAUGACAAGAAGAUUGCAGAGGAAAGGGCGGUGAAGAAGGGAACAAAGCUAGAAUGGAUGGGGAAUACUGCAAAACUUAUAACAGGUCCAAUACCUGCGAUCAGGUUAGACGAGGCGAGUUGCAGGAAAACAUGGUUUAAUAGUCUUGCUAUUGCUUACAGUCUUCCUGCGAGUGAGAGGCAGAAUGCAAGCGCGGAACUGGGUAGUGGCGAUCCUGUGGAUGAAGAUGUUAUGAAAGACAUGUUGAGAAUCUUGAAAGAAGAAUGUGUUGUGAUACCUUGGAAGAAAGGCGAUGUACUCUUGGUCAAUAAUUUGACGGUUCUUCAUAGCCGGUUGCCACUAAUAAAGCCUCCUCGCCGUAUACUAGCUUCGCUGUGCAAGUGAUUCAAUAUAUGAUUGUUUUUGGUCAAAAUGAUACUUGCACUACCAACAAUUUAACGGUAGUUACAGUUCUAAAAAGCCAAUUUAACGGCAAUUAGUACCAUAAGUCUUCUCACUCAAUUAGACUACUCAUAAAAGAAUCCAAGGUUUUUGAACAAAUGCUAUUUUAUAAUUUGCUACUCU